GCACAAUAUAACCUCUGCUCAAUCGCAAACUCACUUGUUCUGAACGUGUGACCUCACUCUUACUUGUAGCCAUGCCUUCAGAUCUGGAACGUGCCAUGGAGUCCCUGAUCGUCGUGUUUCACAAGUACGCCGCAAAGGAGGGCUGUGGCAACACUCUGAGCCGCCGCGAGCUCAAGGACCUGAUGGAGAACGAGCUGUCCGGCUUCCUCAAGUCUCAGAAGGACCCAGCCACAGUAGACAAAAUCAUGAAGGAUCUGGACUCUAACGGUGAUGGAGAGGUGGACUUUGAGGAGUUUGUUUCUCUAGUUGUGGGUCUGUCCAUUGCCUGUGAGCAGUGCUACCAGUUGCACAAGAAGAAGAUGGGAAAGUGAGGGUUGUAAAGAGAAGGAUAUUCAUUUUCGCUUUUGUAAUUAUCAAACUGUCAUUAAACACAAAGACCUAGG